CCUCGUACAGUAUCCAUAACAGUGAUUGCUUAUUUGAGCAGUUGUCAAUUUUAGCACGUGAAUUUCGCGCUUGAAUCAUAUAACAAUAAAAACCAUGUAUUUCACAGAGUUGUAAACACUUCAGUUAUAGCAAGUAGGACACAUUCAUCAGUAACAUCAAGAGAUGAGUAAGUCAGCGCUACCACCAGCUGAGGUUUACGCUCCACACCCACCACCAGGCUACCACUCCUACCCUACACAAAGUAAUUACCAUCCACCUCAAGAACCUCAGCCUAUUCAUCAACACCAUCAUCAAACGUCGGCACCAGCACAUAAUCAAAACAUAUCAUUCGCUCCUGUAACAAACCAGCCAAUCAGUCAAGCAUCAAAUCUGAAUGUAAAUGUGGGUAAUAGAGUGGUAGUAGGAGUAAUACCAAAGAGACCUUGGACCACUAACCUUUGUGCCUGUAUGCAAGACAUUGAAGUUUGUAUGAUGGCGUGGUGUCUGACACCGUGCUUCUUGGCAAGGCUGGCGAAAGAGAUGGGUGAAUGCGUGUGUACACCUUGUUGUAUUCCCACCGCCCUGAUGGCCAUGAGGGUUCAGGUCAGAGCAGCUAAUAAUAUAAGGGGAAGUAUUUGGGAAGACUUUUUUCUGACAAAUUGCUGUCCAUUAUUGACCAUGUGUCAGAUGAAAAGGGAAAUGGACAAUGUUGCUCUGAAGAAACCUGGGACACAACUACCUGGGUCAGUACCUGGGUCAAUGCCUGGGGCAAUGAUGUAAAUGAUGAAGUUAAAGGACUCCUACAUUUCAUCACAAAAUAACAUACGGGUAUGACAAGACGUCAUUUCCUGUUUAAUUGUGGAUAUGUAUAAGAAAAUCUGAUACUGUUUCAAUAGUCGAUCUGUGCUUAAUAUUUCAUAUUCUCUUUCUUGUGCUAAAACAUUUAUAUUAUUUCAACAUUUAUUUUUUUUCUUUGUAUUUCUAUAUGAAAAGCAUGCAAUUUCAAAUGAAAUAUAACACAUUGUGUAUGAAAAUUU